AUGGAUAGAGUUCGUGAAGCAUCGAGGAAUUGGGGUUUGAAAGAGGGGGUAUCCAUGAAGUCCCUAGGAAGAGGGUUUAUUAUCUUCCGUUUUCACAAUUCGGAGGAUAUGAUGUGCACUUGGAGGAGAAGCCCCAUUCGAGUUGAUGGACAAGCACUGAGGUUCCAGCAAUGGAGAAAGGAUUUUGUGGUGGAUGAUCAAGCCAUAACCAAUAGGCUAACAUGGAUUCAGCUUCCUGGCCUUCCGCAAGAAUAUUGGCACGAAGACAUCAUUCUGUCGAUUACAAAGGCGGUAGGGAGACCCAUUGCCAUCGAUAGAAGAACGAAGAAUUCUUACUUUGGGCAUUAUGCUAGAGUUUGCGUGGAUGUAGAUGAUGUUGUGCCUCGGGUUGACGAAGUGUAUGUUGAACGGGAACAAGAGGGGACAUUGGAGAUGUAUGUCUUCAAGCAAAAAGUUGAGUACGAGGAACUGCCAACGAGAUGUCGUCGUUGUAGGCGCUAUGGGCAUCGAGACGAUAAUUGCAAGCAACGUCAGAUGGAAGCAACUGACGAUGUAGCUGCUGCCAUGAACGAGGACAGACUUGUUCACGAACCUGCUCACCAGCAGGUAUGGCAUCCCAGGGAAUCUCCGGCGGCGGCAAGUGCAAGCGCAGGGAGAGAGUCAGAGAAGGAGGAAGCUGAGUUGGAGAUGGACUCUACCUGGAAGAAGCAAGCGAAACAGCUGGGAUUUCCUACAAUAGGGGAGCGAAUUUAG